CGUCAUCCUUCACCAUUUAGGGUGUACUCCGCUGAUUCACAUCUCCUUUGAUUCGAAUAUUCUAGUCCUUCCGACACUUGUGCGAAAUGGGCCGUGACCCUUCCAUCCCCACGCUGUACCAACUGGAGCAGCCAGAGAAACUGGAAAAAGUGCUUGAGCAAGACAAGCCAGAAGACUGUCUUCCCUGCAAAGUUAUAGGUUCCGGUGCAUUUAUCGGUCUUGGAGCCUACAGUUACUUUUCGGGUCAAAGUCAACUGCGCAAACAGCAGGCAGCGAUAGUAAAGAGUGGAUCAAUGUUUGGCAUGCGCUCCCGCCAAGCGGGCAUCACUACAAUAGCCACCGUCCUAGUAGGCAUGGGAGUUUGGCGGCUGACUCACUAAAAUUUCUGGGCAUAUAGCCGCGCAAAAGCAUAUACAUUAGAGGGAGGAUCGUUUUGAACCGCCAUGUACAGUAUAUCUAAUAAACAUCUGGGGCGUCACGGAGUUCAAGAGAUUGGAAAUUCAGAAAGGCUCCCACUUCACUCAUCUUAUAUCGCAAUUAGUCGAUUAUCUCCAAUAGUCAAAAUUUCAUUUCGGCAUACGAAAGGUAUCAAGCUAUAUCUAAUGUUAAG